AUUGGCCGCUACCGUCGUGUCGCUCCGACCCCCUUACUGCCUGAGAUGUUGACCUCUGCCGUCGUUGGUCUUGUCGCGUGUGCGCUGUCUGUGGCGGGCACAGACGCGGUUGCCACCACUGGCAGCCCGUACAAGAUUAGCCUGGCCUCCCGCAAGAUUCCCAAAGGCCAUGCAGCGGCCUUACGCAGGAGGGGGAUGACAGCAUUCAGUAUCCCAUUAGAUGACCAGUUCGAUGGGACCGAUUUACAAUGGUUCGGAAACAUUUCGGUCGGGACACCCCCGCAAACAAUCCCUGUCGUGUUCGACACCGGAAGCGAGACUUUGGAGUUCACGAGCACUCAAUGUGGCGCUCCGUGCGCUAACCAGAUCAUGUUCGACACGGAGAAGAGCUCGACCUAUAUCAGCUACAACCAGACCUUCUCGAUCGCGUUCGCGACGGGUGGCGGGGUCAACCCUGUGAUCUCGGCCGAUGAAUACGUCCUCACAAUGCUUGCCGGCGAGGACACCAUUACUGUUGGGGGCAUCGCGACACCCAACGUCUCGCUGUACACCGUCAUCAACCAGACAGAGGCAUUCGCUUCAGACCCGUACAGUGGCAUUCAAGGGAUGUCAACGCAGGCCCAAGGGUUCUUCGCAGGGCUGGUUCAGCAGGGCUUGCCUGCUAUGUUUGGCAUGUACCUCACGCCGAAGAUCAUCGGCAAUGCGGAGCUAACACUGGGUGGGGUGGACGAGUCAAAGAUCUUCAGCGACAUCUUGUGGUCGGAGGUCCCAGCAGGGUCUGACGGGACGUGGCAGCUCAACUCAUCGCAGAUCUCUGUCAACGGGUACACCACGCCCCUGCUUGCGAGCAACCGGACGGUCAUCUUUGACAGCGGCACGAGCAACGCCUACUUUGACACCAACACCACGGAGGCGAUCUACGCCAUGAUCUCUCCGAACAUCAAGCCCUAUGCGUCUGAACCCGGCGCAUACGGGAUUGCCUGCAGCGAGAUCGGCACGCUUCCCGCGACGCUGGACCUCACGUUCACGACGAUCACGGGCGAGCCGUUCAACCUCACGAUCCCGAGCAGCGAGCUGAACGUUGGGCCGUUCUCGGACGACCCCUCGACAUGUCAGACGCUGAUCAACGCGUUCGAUGGCCUCGAGCUGGUUGGCGGCAGCCUGCUUAAGCACUAUUACAGUGUGUGGGAUCUGUCGAACCAGCGCAUGGGCUUUGCAUGGAAUGGCGUGCCACAAUGGCUUUGACGUGAUACAUUAUAAGUAUUUAUGCGCGGACGCUUCAGAACGGGACAUCCUGCGACUAUGCUUCGGCUAUGUAUUCGACCUUUGCGAAAAUACUCCGCAUCAGAUCCAAACUUUCUUUCCAGUCAUUCAUUCUUCUGUCUCACAAUCAUUUUGUUGUUUCACUCGCUUCGUCAAUACAAACAAAGAAUGUUACGGUCGGUCUGCUUC